AUGGCAGAACAGUUUUUUGUUGCUCGUGGUCUUUUCUUUUCGUCCAGAAACAUACCAUCCUCAUCACUGGCGGCAGACUUGGAAGAUGAAGAAAAUAGGGCAACACAGUUCUCUGUUGAACGUAGUUUUUUUUCUCGGGCCAAAAGCACAGCAUCAUCAGAGUUCUUUAAUUUCGAUAAUCUUUUCUCUCCUGUAAAAAAGACAGAAUCAUCAGUAGUUGCAGAGUCGAAAAAUGAAGAAAAUGGUGGGGUUUCAUUGGAACUAUCGUUGCGGCUUCAUGUUGAUCCUAAGAUGAAAGCACUGGAAUCCAGUACUAGUAGUUUCAUGAUCCCACAACCAAGAAACAUACAAGCUAGCAUAGCAAGAAAACCUGAAAAGGUUUCAACCAAAUUGAAACCAUCUUCUAUUGUUACUUUCAAGAAAAUGAAGAUGAUGGGUGAUAAACCACCAAGUUGCUCUUUGGCUACUAAAGCCAAAGAACAGAAGAUUGUUUGUACCCGUGAAGAAGAAGAAGAGACGACAAGAUUGAGGUUAUAUAAUGACAGGUGGAAAAUCAAGAAGAUAUUGACAAAAAGUGACGUGAAUGGUUUAUGUAGGCUCCUGAUACCAAAAGAAUUAAUGAACAAACAGGUAAUCCCUCUUUUCAACCCUCAACAAGUUAGUGAUUGUGGGAGUGGGAUAGGCAUAAGGGUUAAGGUUUUCGAUUUUGACACAAGGACUGAGCAUGAGUUGACUCUCAAGACAUGGAAGACAGAUAGCUAUUUGCUAACCAGUAACUGGAACAAAGAGUUCACCAACAGGAGGAACUUGGAGAUGGGUGAUGAGAUUGGCCUUUUCUGGAAUUCACAAACUUCACAACUUUAUUUUAGCCUUCUCAAAAAGGCUAAUAGCUAG